CUUCUCGCUCGGGACAAGGUCAGCUGAUCAUUUACGCAUCCGUGUGUGAGCUGCCGCCUGUCACUUUCUGUCUUCUAUCUGCCUCGUACGGAAAUCACGCUUAUCACCGCGCAGGUUCCCCCACAUCACAAAAAUGGCAGACACCAACCAACAAGCUCCCCCUCCGCCGACACAGGGACCUGUGCAAUUUCUAUUAAGUAACAAGUUGGAAACUGCAAUGUGGUUGUCCAGACUCUUCACAGUCUAUUGUUCAGUAAUGUUUAUACUUCCUAUUUUGGGCCCCUAUGCAGCUGCAAACUUCUACCAGAGAGCCUUGCUAGCAAACGCCCUCACCAGUGCCCUGCGCUUGCACCAAAGGCUUCCACGUUUCCAGUUGAGUCGGGCGUUCCUGGCACAGGCUCUCCAGGAGGACAGCUGCCAUUAUCUGCUCUAUUCACUUAUUUUGGUCAACUCGUACCCCAUCACUAUGAGCAUAUUUCCAGUCUUUCUUUUUUCUUUACUUCAUGCAACUACCUACACAAAGAAAGUUCUGGAUUCCAUGGGACCCACCAGUCUCAUGUUUGUCAGGAAUCUUCUUGAUAAACUGACAGCAAACCAACAAAACAUCUUGAAGUUCAUCGCCUGCAAUGAGAUCUUUCUCAUGCCUGCUACUGUUUUCAUGCUUUUUAGUGGCCAAGGAAGUUUAUUGCUGCCUUUCAUUUACUACCGAUUCCUCACUCUCCGCUACACAUCCAGAAGAAACCCUUAUUGCCGCACCUUGUUUACAGAGUUGCGGAUUCUCUUGGAGCACUUUGCCAUGAAGCCUGCCUGCCCUGUCAUCUUCAGACGCAUGUGCCUCAGCAGUAUCGCCUUCAUCAGCCGUUUAGCACCGACAGGGGUCUAAGCUCCUCCCAUCAAGUCUAUAGCUCAAACAAGACUCUGCUACUAUGGAAGCCAACAGUACUCCAAAGAGAAGGAACUGUUUCUGAAUGUCAACUUUGUACUUCAGCUGUUCAGAAUAGUCCAGGUCAAGACCAACCAGUUAUGCACUGAUUUCCAAUGUUUUGCCCAUUGUUCUUUUUGUGACCUGGUCCAAGCAGUGAACAUCCUUCUGUCUGUUCACUUGAGAUGAAGAGUUUUGUAUGCUCACAGAUGUUUUUCCAUGUUAUUAUUUAUUCAGGUCUUAUCAUUUAGAAGAUAACCUACUUAUAAUGAUAACUUAAGCAUUUAUUUUUUGUAAUCACAAGAUGCUUGAAAUGAUGCAGUGUGGAAUUUAUGUGCAGUUCUGUCUAGUCUGUGUUUUAUUUCUGAUUGCCUACCCUGAUUUUGUUUUCUAUCAAUGCCAUUAAUGUCUUAUGUAAAAUUUGUUAAAUUUAGAAAAGGUCUGCUGUGUUUUAUAGAAUAUUUUAGCAUAACAUAUUUUGCUGUAAAAUACAUUCUCAGACUUUACCGCACAAUGCAUGUCACCAUGCAGUAGUUAUUAACACACUGCUUCUUAGUGCAUUCAGGACGUGUGCCCAGAUAAAAAUGUCCCUUUCUGCUGUUGUAGUUUCCUGGCAUAUUGCAUGCUGAAAUUUUGCCAUGUUAAUUAUUUGCCUAUUGUCAAUCCUAGUUUUAUGAUAACUUUAAUCUCAAUUGAACUAAUAAAAUAUUAAAACAAUA